AUGGCGUCGUCGGUCACUCCGCCACCCAGCGGCGGCGGGCGUCCCCAUCACGCCUCUCCCGCCUCCUUCCCUGCAGCCGCUGCUGCAUCGUCCGCAUCGGCUCUGUACGGCCUUGCGGGGGGGAUUCCGCUGAUCAAGUCGCCCGCCCUGCGCAUUCCACCGCGUCCGCAGCUGCCUGUGGCGCAGCUGCAUCCGCUCCCGCCGGCGCUGGAGGCGUACUUUGUCUACGACUUCCACCUUGAGGACUACGUCCUCCGUCAGCCACGUGCCGCGCUGGCGUCUGCACGCCACGCCGCAGAGGUAUACCUCGCGCAGCGGCAGAAGGCCAAGAAGAUGCGCGAAGAGGAGCAACUGCGCAUGAUCGCACCUGGCUGGCGGCCAGAUGCGCCUGCGCUCAUACCACAACGGAGCGAGACACGCACCAUCACACACGCUAGUGGGGGUGGGGUCGGCGCUAGUGGUGGCGGUGAGCAGCAGGGGCACGUAGACGCUUGCGCGGACCCGGGCGGUAGCAGCAGAACGGAUGCAAGCGAGGCGCAGAAGCAAAAUGACCUCAUGGCUGAGAUGCUCGAUCGGCUUGAGGCAAUGGAUGCGGCGGGUAGUGCCUCCAAGCUGAUGUGA